AUGGGUAAAGUCCUGCAGAAGAAGAAGGCCCGUUCCGGUCGCUCCAAGGCUCGCGCUAAGGACAACCGCCUCAAGAGCGGCCACAAGAAGAUCAAUGUGCUGGGCAAUCAAAUCAUCGCCGACAACUGGGAUCGCAACCUGACCUUGACUCAAAACUACCAGCGUCUGGGUUUAAUGCACAAGCUGAAUGCACCAUCCGGCGGCCGCGAACGUCUCCCCGUUCAUGAUGAACAAUACCCCGAGAACAAGAACUCCCUGCACAUCCGCGGCAGCGCCAAAGCCGACGCAGCCAAGCUCGACCUCGGCACGACCCGCGUCGAGCGUGACCCGGAGACGGGCGCCAUUUUGCGCGUCAUCCACGAAAACGAAGACAACAUCGAAGUUGCCGGCCGUCAACGCUCCCGCAAAAACCCCCUCAACGACCCUCUGAAUGACAUUGAAGGUGGCAACGGCGACAGCAAUCUCCUCGCGGACUCAGUGAUUGUGCAGCAGCUUGAGCGCCAGGCUGACCAGGAGGGAAAAGACCGUUCGGGCGAAGAAGCCCCGGUUCCAGAGCACGCGUGA